UAGCCAGAGAGGGGAACCCCUCGGGAAGGGUCCCGCUAGGUGCCAGCACCCCUGCAGCAGCUCCAGGCUCGAGGGGUGCAGUGGACAGGCGGCCUGGGCAGGACCCUGCAGAUGGACACAGCUGUGCCUGGGUCCUACGAGCUGGGUCUCGUGUUGCUGCCAUUGCUAGCUGUGCUGCUGGCCCUGUGCCUGCGCUGCCGAGACCUCCAAAGCUCCUGCGAUGACAGGCCCUACGACGAGCGGAGCCUGGUGAUGAAGCCACCUCCCAUAUUCGUUCCCUGCCCACCAGCCAUUCCCCAUCCGCCUGUGGCUGUCCCGAGCCAUCUGGACCUGGGACCCCUACAGCUCCUUGGGGGCUCCCACGAAGCACCAUCUUCCCUGCAGGACUCCGAUGGGGCCGACAGUGUGCCCAGCUAUGAGAACGAGAAUCCGUGGGAACCCGAGGACUGGGCUGGGGGAGGGGCAGGGCCUGACUUACUGGCUGACCCCCCUGUCAUGACCCCAGGAUGCUCCAUUGAGGUCAGGGAUGAAGAUGAGGAGGAGGACAACAAUGGGGGCUACUUGAUGGUGCUUCCUGACGAUGUCCCAGCCUCAGGCACUGUGGCCCAGCCUGCACCCAGCAAGCCUGGCCUCCGCGACAGCGCCUUCUCGAUGGAGUCAGGGGAUGAUUAUGUGAAUGUUCCAGACAGCGGGGAGAGUGCGGACGCUUCUCUGGAUGGGAGCCAGGAGUACGUGAACGUGUCCCAGGAGUUGCAUCCAGCCCCAAGCACUGAACCUGCCACCCCCAGUUUCCACGAGGCAAAGGUAGAAGACGAGGAGGACGAGGAGGAGGAGGAGGAGGAAGAGGAAGGCCCUUCGGAUUAUGACUAUGAGAACCUGCAGCUCAGCUGAGGGCUGGUGAGAGGCCACACCCCUCUGCCCUCAGCCCUGGGCCUAGCGACUCUGGAGUCAACCCACCACCAAGCCCUCUGACUCAGGGACCCCAGCUCCUCAGACUUGGGGCCCCUCUGGCCCUCUGCCGAUGUGGCAGGACCCGGAGGCCCCUGCUUUGGCUCCUGACAGCAGCCUGAGAAUUACCCCCUAACUUAUUGUCACUUUGGGGUCCCACUCAUGUACCCCCAACACUGCACCUUCUGACACAGCCUGAGAAGGAACUGCCCAGGCCCAGCCCUGCUCUGGGGUGGAAUAAAGGCUGGUGUGGUUUGUAUGUGCUUUGGCUCCUAUCAUAGGCUAGAGCUAGAGUGAGUUCUUUGUGUCUGUGUCUGUUGAUGAGUGUGGGUGAAUAUAUGAAUUAGUGUGUAUCUGUGAGAACACUCAUAUGAAUGUGUGAGUGUGGGCUGGAGCGAUAGCAUAGCAGGUAAGGGCAUUUGCCUGGCAUGUGGCCAACCUGGGUUUGAUCUCUGGCAUCCCAUAU